CAUCAUACCUGGAUUUAUUAUGGAUAAAGUUCACCUCAGUAUUUUUACACUGCUGUGUUUGGGGAGGCACGUGUAUGGUGCAGAUAUUUUGCAGCGACAAAAAAGAAACUGGAUCAUUGAGUCCUUUACGAUUGAUGAAGGCUAUGAUGGACCUUUUCCAUAUACCCUGGGCAAGGUACAAGUGGGGAGAAAAUACGCCCGUUUUAAGAUACAUGGCCAAGGAGUUGAUUUGGAGCCGAGAGACAUAAUAGAAAUUGAUGAAAACACUGGAGAAAUUAUAGUUCAUGGUCCUGUGGACUUUGAAAAACACAAAAGCUUGAAGCUAAUAUUUCAGGCAAUAAACAGGGUCACAAAUGCAGUGGACACACAGCUUGGUGUUGACAUACAGAUUAUGGAUACAAAUGACAACUCACCAGUGUUUGACAGUGAAAUAUAUACCAUCACUGUAAAGGAGUCAACGUCACAAGGCACUGGACUGACUACCAUUAAGGCAGUAGAUGCGGACACCAAUCAAAAUAAAGAAUUUGAUUUACGGAUACUCACCGUAACUCCCAGCUCACAUGAUGUGGAGUUCUACUUUAAGACAUCUGAUGAUGAAACUGCAACCCUUUCCUUCAAAGGGUGUCUGGACUAUGAUAAAGCAAACAAAUACACCAUCAUAGUGGAGGCCAAAGAUCACGGCAAACCAAAACAGCUCUCCAGUUCCAGUACUGUCAUAAUCAACAUAGAAGAUGACAACAAUCACCUUCCAGUCAUCACAGGACAAACUGGUCCAGGAAAAGUGAGAGAAGGGCUGAGAAAUGUUCUUAUUUUACGUCUGCAAGUUACUGACAAAGACGGCAAAGGUACGGCGGCAUGGAGGGCGAAAUAUCACAUCCAACGAGACACAAAGAAGAACUUUCGAAUCACUACUGAUUGGAAGACAAAUGAAGGGUUACUGUAUGUGGAAAAGCCUCUGGAUUAUGAAGAAGUUUCCCUGAAGAGCAUCACCAUCUCAGUGGAGAAUGAAAUUCCAUAUUUUUCAUGCAGAGUGGUGAGACGAAGCACCACUAGUCUUUGGACAUUGAAGACUCAUAGAGGCACCACGACUACUGGUCAGUCCACAUAUGCCGUGGAUGUGAUGGUGGAAGAUGUCAAUGAGGCACCCGUUUUUGUUGAGCCGAACAAACAGGUUGCACUGAGGGAGAAUGUUGCUGCAGGACAGUAUCUGGACACCUUCACAGCUAGAGAUCCAGAUUACGGCAAGAUCAACACAUUUUUCUACAUGAAAGGGGAGGAUCCAGCUGACUGGGUGACAGUGGACAUCUUGACAGGAGCAAUAACUACAUCCAAGAUCCUUGACAGAGAGUCACCCUAUGUGAAAGACAACGUCUACAAAGCCACAGUAUGCGCUGUUGAUGAUGGUGUACCUCCAAUGACAGGCACUGCAACGCUAAACAUAAUCAUUAGCGAUGAGAAUGACAAUGCUCCAUCCCUGGCUGAAAAUCACAUUGAUAUGUGCCAAUCUGAAGGUCACUCAAAGGUCAAUGUUACAGCUUUGGACCCCGAUGAAGGCCCAUAUGGUGGGCCUUUCCAAUUCAAACUAAAUGGAGAUAUUAUAGGCAGGUGGAACAUUGACCCCAAGCAAGGCUACUCGGUCUACCUGUUGAAAGAUAGCAUUGUUGCUUCUGGACGACAUGAGUUGCUACUGGAAGUGUCAGAUCGUCAGGGCAAAGCUGCUGUCCACAAUCUGUCAGUUACAGUGUGUAACUGCUUCGACAAAAGCAGACCAAAUUGUCGUGCAGGAAGCCCCACGCUAGGAAAAAAUGCUGGAAUCAUAUCGUCAUGCCUUGUACCUCUUACAGGUAUUCCACUAACAGCAUUUCUGAGGUCAAGAAAGAAAAAAGGCAAAACCAGCAGCUCAGCAGGUUUGGCCAUACCAGACAGCUCGGGACAUCUAAUGCAGUGUAACACAGAGAACCUCGGCCGGGAUUGCCAAGUACACUUUGAUCCGCUGCACCAAGAAGACAAAAGCGAACUAAUGAGUGAAAUUGUACCUGGACCAGAACAAAAUUGGGUGAGACCAAGCGUAUCAUCUCCAGAUGUGGGCAAAACAAUAAAUGAGAUGCUGUACUCUUUACAGACAGGAGAAGAGCUGGAUGAUGGCGCUCCUCGUGUUUAUGCUGAAGAAGGAGACCUAGAUACGAGCAGUGAGCUUGAUGCCAUUUCCAUCCCUGAAAUUCCCUUUGACCCAGACAUGGACCUGGAUUUCCUACUCAGCUCUCCAGACUCAAUCCAAAUCCCCAAUAGAAACACAAUAUCCAACAUCACAACAUCUUGUGCAACGGAAAACCUUCAAACCAAAACAAUAAACAUAACAGGAAGAAACAUAUUUCCACAAAAGGGCAAAAAUGAGCAGUAUAAGAACAUUCCGUUAUAUUUGUAAAUAUCAAUAUAAGAUCAUUGUA